CUAGAGGUAAGUGUACAUACGUCAACGAAAAGCUGCCGCUUAGAGUGUCUUGUGGUGAAGACAUUAGCGUUGUUGUCGAGUGAACAAAAGGAUUUCGCAAUGGUAGCGUCAAGUGCUCCUCUUUUGAACGAGUACAAGCAGCAAUUUUUGUGGAAGAGGCUACCUCAGACUGUGUUGGGUGGACUCCGUAUCAAACUGGGAUAUAAAGCUCCUUUUUAUGUUUACUUUCUGCAGAUUGUGCUGUUUCUUCUGCCUGCCCUUAUAUGUGGCUUCUUUAUGUGUCUGGUGGAUCUCGCUGAUGUGAGUGUGGCUGUUUGCGCGUGCGUGUGUGGGUCGGUGUUGGGAUCCGCUGUUCUGUCUCUUCAUCUGCUGGUUUGGUGGAGACGGAAUAAGUCCUCACCGGUGGAGAAGUUUAACAGUAGUGUGCUGGAGGAGGAGGACCAGAUUGAAUUCACAUCGUGUUAUGGGACAGAAACUUUGGAGUUCAUUAUUAUUCCUAAAAAAUAUCGUAUCAACAUUCUUGUUCACUCAAUUGUCUGUGGAGCAUUGGGUGCAGGCGCUUUGGUUUAUCUCCUUCCUUCGAGGCUUACAGACGCCUUCAGCACUGGCCCAGUUGUUAUUGUCUUGCUCUUUGGAUGGCUGACUGUUUGUAUUGCUCAUAAUUCACUGGCGUUUGCUGCUCCACCAGAACCAGCAACUUUCACUGCGCAAGAUGCAUUGGAGCUAGCUGUAUUGACAAGACCUUUCUACGUUGCCAUGUUCUUCGUCUUUGACUUUGCAGCGAGAUAUCAUGACGAAUUGGUUGACAUUAACAGAUGGUUUUACGUCGUUUUCUGUUGCCUUCCGCUUCUCUGGAUGUUGGGUUUCACUCCACCGUUGGACUCUCUAAUCCCAUGGGCAGCAGAGCAAGUCCUUAUAAUUUUAGGUUCCUCACCGAUGGCAUCAAACUACAGAACGCUGUUUAUGUUCGUUGCAUCUGGUGUUGUACUCAUGGUGACCACGUUUGUUCCCUCGAGGACAGCAACUGUUGUUGUUUCUGCUUGUUUUGGAUAUGUUCUCAGCCUUGAUUUGAUGUCACUCAUCCAGCAUAAUCAUCUUUUCUCUUGCUGUCCAUUGUACAGACGCUUGUUUCCGAUAUCAGGUUGCCAAUUCGGGGCAGAGAAACAGAUGUUGUCAUAUUGGACGUGGAAGACUGCCGUGUGGCAUGUUCCUUGCCUUGCUGCUGUUGGUGUUAUGUCUGGGCUUCUUCACUCUAAACGAUGCAGCAUAUCAGACGACGUUCCAGAUGCCCUUGUGUACCUUAUAAUUGGAUGCACAGCAUUAGUUUCACUGUGUGGACAAGUGCAAAGUGCCUACAUCUUUCUGGACCUCGUAAAGAACCCGCUACAUGCGAUGAAACAGAAUGGUGACCAAUCUGCUUGUUUUAGCAAAAUCCUAGGAGCAGUUGCUGUUGUUCGCCGACUGGUCAUGAUCGUCGUUUUGCCAUUCUGUAUGUUGGCCGUUUUGUCGGUCCUUCUGGAUAGUUGCAUUACAAAUAUCACGUGCUUUGUGUUUGCUCUUGGUUCUGUGAGGAGCUUACGAUGGGUUUGGCAGAACACACUUGCUGCAGCUGUUGAAUUGAUCGCCACUCAUAUAAUAACCUGGUCGGUCUCCUCCUCAUCCUCGUUUGGACAAUGGUGGGUAGGACUUGGAUUAGGAAUCCAGCUGUUGUUGGUCACAAUAGUUCACAGCCGAUUUAUUGACUUGCUGUGCAAGAUCCGUUUCAUGGCUACACUAGCUGUCACGUCAUGGACCAGCAAGAAACAACGACAUCCUUCAACUCCGUUUCUUCUCAUUUGUAUUAGUCUCUUUUUUCCUGUUGUUCUGGCAUUCACAGCUGCAUCAUUGAUCCUUGCAUCACCAAUCCUACCUCUCUUCUGUCUUCCUCUCUUUCUAGUCUCUUUCCCAAGACCACGACGUUUCUGGCCUGGCGAUGUGGGAUCAUCCUAUUCUUCAUGCUCGGACACGAUCUACUACCAACAACUAGGUCCUCAACUGCAACGAGUGCUUUCGUCUCUAUUUGCAUCGGGAUCAUUGGGAGAGCCACGUCCAGGGAAUCAUUACCUUUUUCGAUUUCAAGAUCGCUUGGCUUGGAUCUGUAUUCUUGAACAAGGGUUCAGAUAUGCCACCGUGUAUAUGAAGGGUUUGGAACUCCAGGAGACAUCGUGUCAUACAACUGAAGCUGCUAGAAUUGAUGACAUACUUGAAUCAGCAUUUGAUUCUAAUAUGCCACGUUGUGGAUUCAAUAGGUACAUAGGCAAUACAUUUCAUGCUAAAGACAGAGUUCUAGUACGAUCGUACUCGGAUGCUAGAAAUGUGUUGACAGGCAUCAUCGAUCAUCCUGAUAAUUUGAAACGUUUCCAUCCAUUUUUUGUCAAGUCUCUUAUUUGGGUGAUUACUCAUCAUCUUGCAUCAAAAGAUUGCGCAUCUCAAACAAUCAGCAAACAAUCCGAUACGUCUCAAUAUCCCAAAGUAUUCAUGCAGAAAAAUGGUGAGAAAACAACAUCACAAAGUAUUGAAGUUCACUCUCAAUUCAAAGAUAAUGAAGUACGCAAGAAGAUUAGUAUCCUGACAGUUGAGACUGUGUUUUCCAGGUCAAGUGAAUCGACUGUUCCACUAAGAGACAACACUUCGUGUGAAAGUGCAAUAGACUCCAUAUUUACUGUUGGAAGCAGCUUUCAAUUGCCAAGUCAUGGGUCAUCACUCCAUGAAAAGGCGAAAAAUCCUUCAAAACUCAAUUACUUGGGAUCUCCUUCUCCAUUUGUAAGUGGAUUCCCACAAGCUGACAAGCCACUAUGGGAUGAUGACGAUGAUAGCACAGAACAGGAAUUAUCUGUUGCUCUCGGACUGACAGGACUAAUUGAGACGCCACCCAAAUCAUUGGCAGCAUCGACAGUCCCAUUUCUAUCUUUUCCAGGACAAAGGAAGAAGAAGUCAACAGCCAGUGAUCAUAUAAAAUCUACAGGUCGAACUGUAUUAGAUCAACCAACUAUGCUACCAUUACCACAACAGUGGCUCGAAAUUCCAGUUGAUAAUGUUCUGCUGAUGGAACUGAUGACUGACUUUCCAUAUGAAUGGUUGAAGCAUGUGCAGUGUAGGGCUCUCGGAGAUCACGAAAAGACGAUUGUUAACCAAAACCACGUGAAAUUUAUUCUGUCUUGUUUUGCUCUCUCUCAUGGUCUAACUUCUAGAGGCAGUCUGAUGGCCUUCGCCUAUCCUGAACCGAGUCAACUUUACCAGGCAUAUAGAGGAGAAUUCCCAUGGACCCCACAGUUGAAUUGGCUCAUCCAGGACACAUGUCUUUCAUUAUUAGUAAAGACUGCAUACAGGUUUGCUGUGAAGUUGAUGUGUGAUUCAGCUGUACUGGGAGACAUCGACUCCAUUGAUGAGCUGCAGCUCUCACUGGAAGAUUACGAAAGAAACUGGCAUAUUGGUUUGGAAGAUGAUGAUCUUUGGAAUGAAGCAGUUGCAGCAGAUAAGCCUUGGCUUUUUUCCUUGGGCUACAAUAAAUCUGAAGGAACAUACACAAGUCGAGUUCUUUCUUUGCAGAGUAUCCCUGUUGGUGUUGGUCAGUUGAAUUCAGAAGCUGUUCACGGUCACUGGGCAUCACUAGCCCAGGAGCUGUUCUACUUCACGAACGAUGACGAGGAACGCUAUAGCAUUCAGGCUCACCCAACAUUGUUAAGAAAUAUAACCAUCCAGGCAGCAGAUCCACCACUUGGAUAUCCUGUUUAUGCAUCAGGACCAAUAUCAGUCCCUACGUGGUAGAGUCUACUAUAGUAAGAAUGCAUACAAAUACAGUUACGCCCCUUUUAUACCAGAGAGAUGAUUUCUAUGUAUUUAAAAAGAACACGAUGUUCAAGUAUUUAUGUACUUUGCACAGCAACUGUAACACAAACUAUUGAUUGAGUUAUUAAAACAAAAGAUCUUGUUGUUUAUAUUCUGAUUGGUGUUUCACGUAGAACACGUACAACUGAUUGGAAGUAG